AUGAAAGGCCCCGUGGACGAAAAAUUAGCGGUUACAGCUAGCGAUGAAGAUAUCACAGGUCCUUCGACUCUCGUUCCAGAUAUUGGAGAGAGUAUCAUAACACCCAUAUUGACCCCGGCCACAGUCGCAAAUUUGUCGCUCAACGAGAAGGACAGCGAGGAGCAGGAGAAGGAUCUUAGCACAAAUAAUGACGACCAAGAACCUGAAGAGGAGUUUCUUUUGAUCGGUAUUGACUUUGGAACAACAUAUUCUGGCGUGGCAUGGGCAUACUCAAAGCAACCAGACGAUAUCAAAAUCAUUACAGACUGGGACUGUAUCGAGUUUCAGAAUUCAGACAAAGGGAAGGCACCCACCAGAAUAGCAUAUGGCCAGCCACAACCAGAUUGCCUCGUCGAUAUUUCGGGAGAUAGUGCCCCGACACAAGUGACCUGGGGAUACGGGGUCGAGGAUACUGAAGUAGCAGAAUGGUUCAAACUUUUACUCCUCGACGAGGACGAUCUGACUGAAGAGAAGAAACACUCUCCUCAGAUCAAAAAGGCACGGAAAUGCCUCCAGAAAGCCGGGAAGACCCCUGUUCAGGCCGUUGGAGAUUAUCUUCGCUUACUCUGGAAUCAUGCAAUCUCUAAUAUUGAAAAAGACUUCGGACCCGUUGUAGUUGAAGGAUUGCAGUUCCAAGUUGUAUGCACCGUUCCCGCUGUGUGGACAACACGGGCGGUCGAUAGAAUGAGACAAGCUGCAAAAGACGCUGGAAUAAUUUCGGAUCGACUGGCGGGUCAAACCACCUUGCGAUUCAUUUCCGAGCCGGAGGCUGCAGCACUAGCAACACUAGAAGACUUAAAGGCGCGGCCAAAUUUCAAAAAAGGAGACACUUUCGUCGUCUGCGAUGCUGGAGGUGGUACUGUUGAUCUCAUUAGCUAUAAAGUCCGGGAGACAGACCCCAUGGUCUUGGCAGAGUGUGUCGAAGGCCAGGGAAAACUAUGCGGAGCUGUAUUUUUGGAUCAAGAUUUUGAGGCACUCAUGAAGCAGUUAGUUGGUGACGCGUGGAAUGUGCAGAGAUCCGCAAUCAAAGAUAUGAUGAAUGCGCAAUGGGAAAAUGGGAUUAAGAGAGGGUUUGAGGGGCAAAGCAAAGAUUGGAAGAUACGGCUCCCGUAUGAGUGUAUCGAGCGUGGCGCUCCGCAUAUUAUUACUUUGAAUCAAGGUCACAUCAGGGAAAUUUUCGACAACGUGAUUUCGCAAAUUCAAGAGCUUGUUAACGACCAGAUCGAUAUUGCUGUGAUUCUGGUAGGCGGCUUUGGCAGUUGUAGAUACCUGUUCAACACCCUCAAGCUAGAAAACAAGCAUCGCGGUAUCGAUGUUUACCAAUCUACCGGCAUGAAACCAUGGACGUCGAUCAGUCGCGGCGCUGUGCUGAAGGCACUGACAAAUUCCUCGCUACCCGGCCCACUCGUCUUAUCUCGAAUACUCAGAUGUAGCUACGGGACAAGAUUUCAUACACAAUUUGAUCCUAAGUUUCAUCUUCAGCAGGACAUGUUUUGGUAUGAACUCAAGGACAUUCAGGGGGAUAAGAUCCCUGACACAAAGCCUUAUUCGUUGUUACCAUGGCGGGAGUCCGUCCCGACUAAGGGCGGCCCUACCACUGCAACAAUUGCUGUCUCUAUCUACGCCUGCGACUCAAUGACCCCACCAUCACGAAGAGACGAUAAUGUCAAACGAAGCUGUAUCAUCGAAACGACGUUACCUAUCGAUAUAACCAAACUCAACGAACACUCCGGCGCCAACGGACAUACAUACAAAGAAGUACACUAUGACCUCGAAGUCAGCGUCAUCGGCGUCGCGCUUGAAUUCUCGAUUAUGUAUAACGGCGAGCGCGUCGGACACAAUCAACUUCAAGACGAGAUAAAAGAUUAUGUGCAUCCUGAGCGUCCCCCCUCGACUUCCGACGAAGUACUCGCUACUCCGAGAGCAAAUGAUAGUACGCCAGUGAAGAAGAAAUUACAUGCCGUAGUCGUAAAAGACUAUACUGCUCAUAAUGAUACGGAGCAUUCGAUUAUGAUGGGGGAAUGGGUAAGAGUUCACAAUAAUUACGCAAGAAAAGGCUGGGCGUAUGUUGAAAAGGAUGGCUCCGUGAGAGUGGUGCCGGCGAAUUGUAUCCAUCAACUUUGAUGGUGACCGAGCCGUAGAGAAAAUGCUCGCUCGCUAUCUGGACGGACCUUGGUCGACGAAGUGGUCGAAGUCUUAGGAAGCCGACCUUUGGUAGCGGUGACUCCUUGGGUCCAGGUAUUCUUCCAUGGACUCGUAGGUCGUGUAGGG